AUGACCUCCACGCCCACCAGCGCCAUGCCCGCCUCGCGCUCUGCCCUGCUUAGCGCCGCAGAGAAGUUCUGCACGGCCUUCGCCUCGAACACGCCACCCGACGAGCUCGUGGGAUACUUCUCCACGCUCUACCAGCCGACGGCGCUCGAACACGGCGAGCCCGCGCUUGCGCCCUUUAUCGGCCGCCCCUUCGUCGGGCUCGCCGCGGUGCUGAAGUACUUCGAGCUCCUCGCGAGCCUGCUCACCUACGAGAACAUGGACUUCUCGAGCUUCGUCGUCGACCCGGAGGUGCGAAGGGUGGCGUGCCGAGGGCGCGCGGUGUUCAAGUGGCUGAGCACGGGGGAGAGCUGGGACGAGACGUUCGCGUACAUCAUCGAUUUCGACGAGGGCCUGAAGGUUACGGACUACCAGGUGUGGGCGGAUUCGGGGGCCGCGUAUCUUGCGAGCCAAGGGAAGCUGAACGAGGUCAGGGAGAAGGCGCCCAAGGUUGGCAUGGAACAGAAGGGUCCAUGA